AUCUUGCGCAAAGAUCCAAGAGCCUCCAAGAUCUUCGCAUUCGAAGGCCACACGAUCCUCUCCUCCCUUCGCAGUCAGUCCCCACCGAACCCCACCUCUUCUUCUCCUUAUCUGCUUUUCCAUGGAUAAAAAAGGGAAGAAAGAUAGAGAUAUAGAGAGAGAGAGAGAGAGUAACAACAAGGCGGAAGUGUGAUGCGCAUAUUGGGCUUGAUCUUUUUGAGCGACGUGUAGCGAAACACGUAUCCGAUACUGGUCCGCGAACGCAUUGAAGGGACGCAAGAACGAACACGACGAUGCCAUCGACGCUGCCCGCAUUUAUUUCCUACGUUUCAAGAUAAGGCCUCCCCUCCCUCCCGCCCUCCCUUCGUCGUCCUCGAGCCCCGAGGGAGGAGUCGUCAACGGUUCUUGGGUUCGAGCGAUUUUUUUUUUUUGUUUUGCUUUUGUUGGGAAGAAGCGGGUCGUUUCGGAUGUCUGGUGAAGAAUCGUCUUCUGGGUUGUUGGGUCUCGAAGGGGUCGAGGAUGUCGAAGACUACAUCUGGGCGAAUGAGGGGGAAGGGUCGCUGCCUUGGGACAGGUUUAGUCAUGUCUUUGAUCUUGUGCAAAAUGGAAACCAAGCAUUUCGACAGAAUUGUCUUGAAUCAUUUGAACAGUCGAUCAAUUACUACUCAAGGGCAAACAAUAUCAAACCCAAUGAUCUUGUCAUUCUUGGAAACCGAUGUGCUGCUUAUAUAAGGAUAAGCCAAUUCUUAAAACUCAGAAAUCCGUCAGACUCUGAACAUAGGGCGUUGAAUGGGCUGGAUCCUACAAUACAUGCAGAACUUGCUUUAAAGGAUGCUGAGAAGCUACUGAGUCUUCAAAGUACUUCAGACAGACCAUAUACUUUGAAGGCCAGAACUCUUUUAUUGUUGGAGAAGUAUGAAAUGGCUAGGGACACAGUAAUAUCUGGUCUUCAGGUGGAUCCUUUUAGCAAUCCUCUUCGAGCUAUUCUCCAAUAUUUGGAGAGAAAUUUGACCAGAGUAGUGGAGAGGCGAGGCCAUGGAAGACCUGAGCGUACGGAUGACUUUGAUUGCACGCUAUGCUUGAAACUACUAUAUGAGCCUAUCACAACACCAUGUGGUCAUUCUUUUUGUCGUUCAUGCUUGUUUCAAUCUAUGGAUCGUGGUAACAAAUGUCCAUUGUGCCGGACAGUUUUAUUUAUGAGUCCUAGAACAUCUGCUGUCAGUGUGACACUUAACAGCAUUAUACAAAAGAACUUUCCAGAGGAAUAUGCUGAACGGAAGGCAGAGCAUGAAAGUCUUACAUAUUUAGGAGUUGAUUUGGUGCCCCUUUUCGUGAUGGAUGUUGUUAUCCCUUGCCAGAAGUAUCAUCUUCACAUUUUUGAGCCCCGAUACAGGCUCAUGGUGAGGAGGAUAAUGGAAGGCAACCAUCGGAUGGGAAUGGUUGCAAUUGAUUCCAGUACCGGAUCUAUUGCUGAUUUUGCUUGUGAAGUGGAAAUUACUGAGUGUGAGCCACUUCCAGACGGGCGUUUCGUUAUAGAGGUAGAGGGCAGGCGCAGAUUUCGUAUAAUGCGAUCCUGGGAUCAGGAUGGAUAUCGUGUUGCGGAAGUUGAAUGGGUACAAGAUGUGCAUCCUCCAGAAGGGAACAGAGAAAGAGUGGAUUUACUUGAAUUGACGACUAAUGUAGCUGCACAUGCUUUGUCAUGGUUGACCAGAGCCAAACAAGCAGCACGACAAGACAGAUCCAAGUAUGAAAAACUACUAAGCCUGGAGCGCAUGAUGCCCUCACCACAAGAUCCUGAGCGCUUCAGUUUCUGGCUUGCUACUCUAACAAAUCGGAGACCUCAGGAAAAGUUGGAUCUCUUGCGAAUAAGAGAUAGUAGAGAGAGAAUCAGCCGCGGGUUGAUCUAUCUAAGAGCCGAAGAACAGGGUUGCCGGGUGCAGUAAUACCAAAUAUCAAUUUGGGGGUUUGUGCCCCCCACAAGUUUUUCGCAAAUAGAUUUUUUUUUUUCUUUUUCAAAAGCAUAUAACCAUAUUCUUUCGAUCCGCAAAGUGAAACACGCGGAUCCCUAUUGAUUUCUUGUAAAAUAAAUGUGGUCACAGCCAUUCGUGAAAGUAUAGUUUUCGCCCGACAUAGCCGAUAGAGCAAGAACACGAAUUUUGUUGAUA